AUGCAUCACGAGAGCGAGGGCAAAGCCAAAAAGCAGGCAAUUCAAACAAUGUACAUAUUGGAAGGGGGAUUGCUCAUGCGUGUGCAUACAACAGUUUCAGCCUUUUCGACGACGACACCACUGCCGAACGUGCGUCUCGAGUCGCCCCUCAAUCGACGUCACAAACAAUUCAGUGCAAACUUGGAGCAUGUGCACGAAAGUAAGGGGUCGCACCCUAAGGCAGUGCACGAGAUCGCAAAUCUGAACGAGGCUGGAAAAUCGCGAACUCGGUCGACAAAAGUCGAUCCGACCAUGAAGUUGCUUGUGAGUGUUGUAGCACGGACGCUGAAGUGCCCUGGUGCUUUUAUUGGUGUCACCGAUGAUACAUUCCUUUGUAUCAAAGCCAGUAUGGGUAUUGAUGAUAACGUCACACACAUCCCAAAAGAUGGCUGUUUGAGUCCUAACAUUCUCUUACAAAAAUCGACAGUGAUAGUGGACCCUUGCACCGAUACCUGUUUUCACAAAGGAGGUUUAGCCUGUGGAAAUCGCUCCUUGCGUUUCUAUGCUGGUACACCCAUUUGCGUACGAGGCCAUUUGAUGGGAGUAGUGUGCGCUUUUGACACGAAGCCUCACUCACAUCCAACAGGCUCAAUGAUAUCCACGCUUGAAGCGGUAGCUAGCAUUGUUUCUGAGGUACUCGAGCAUCGAGUAGCAGCAGAUUGCACGACAGCUCAAGCAAGAGAAAUCGCAGGCUUCUCAUAUCGACCACAAACGAAUUCAGACAAUGCAGCGUCAUUUUUUGACUUGAAGUUGUUGCCUUCGUCACAGCACACCGUGUCUAUCAUUCAGGGACAUGACUACGACGCAACACGCCAAUCAUUGAACGUGGCAAAUCAGCAUGCGGGCAAGAUAAUUGCGACAAUUGAUUACUUUUUCCAAUUGCAGAAGAGUGCAUGGAUCGAGCUUACUAUCUUGCCUGAAUUGAGCAUCAAUGGAACGAUCCAAUCUUUUGAACUCUUCCGCUCCGGCAAGAGAUUCACAAGAAGUGUCAUGAUGGUAGCAGCUGACUGCUCUAGCGUCGUCACCGAGCUCUUAGACUAUAAUAACGCUUUCUUGUAUCAACAUCUCUUCUCACAUGUAUCAAACCGACGUGAGCUGAGUGGGCAGACAUGGGUCGAUUGCGUCACGUUGCACCCGAGUUAUCGUGCUACACGAUAUAAUAGUUUUCAAAUCGUGACACAUCACCGCGAGCAUCGUGGUGGUGGUAACAUGGUCGUGGCAACUGGCAUUUUCGAGGAUAAUAGUAGUGAGAGUGGAUUUAUCUUCGGAUGGUUUGUUGCACCCAGUGAACAUGGCAACGAGCGCAGCACCGCCAAUGUGUCUUGUAUCACUGCGCAGCAAAUUCAGAACCAAACACAAGAUCUUAAUCUUAGCCUUGACUUGCUCCGACGAAUCAAUCAAAAAUUGACUAUGACCCAAUUCUUUCAUCUUCCUGGUGUGAAAAAGACCUUUUCGAAACCAUCAGCAGUGCAAAAUCAAAAGCGAUCUGUUAAUCAAAGAAGGCAAUACGAAACCACGCUCAUUGAUAGCUGUGAUAAUGUGCUCGGGGGAACAUCUGACCAAAAGGAAGCGACAACCACCACGACCAAUUCAAACAGAAACACUGAUUUCUCUGGCGGCAACAGGGCCGGCAAGCUCCUCGUAGAGAGGAAUUGUACCGCGCUUGUACCACUACGCGAAACCCCACCAGCAAAUCAAGAUGAGCAGCUUCUACUAGAUUUGCUCGACAAAACUAUCAGUACUCAACAGAUUUUAGCAGAGCGGCAACACAAGAUGGCCGACCUCACUAACGCCCAUAGUAACCAGCUUGAGUGCAUCUCGUCGGCUCUUUCGCGAGCUGAAUACAUUUUGAUAGAUCAAGAAGCGACGCGAGCGCUUAAAGGAUCUACUGAUUCUCAUAAACUCCCUAAUUGUCGCGAGUUUGGUUCUUUUGACGCACUAGCGCGCAUUUUCUCCUCGAUCGAGGAAGUAAAAAGCUCGCGCUUGGAGAGCGUUUUACGGCUGGCCGAUGGGUACCGAGAUUUAUUAGCGCUUCCGAUGCCUCAAGCGUUGGCUAGUGCUUUGCACCUCACGGCAUCGCAGCUGGCGCCUCCGUAUGAUGGCGUAGAGCUUCGUUUUGGAGCUCAAAGCUUCAAAAGGCUUUUGAAACAGCUUUUAGCUGAACAGUGGACAGAACUGGAAACAAACCAGACGUUGGAGACCUUUUUGGCUUCAUAUUCGGACUAUGGAUUGGCUACGCAGGCGUUGCUGGAUAGUGGGCGCAUUGUGGUACCGGAGCACGAUGAUAGAGGGCAACCGUUGAGUAUACAAACAGUUCAUGACCAGCUAAUGGCUAUAGCAACAGACGAAGGACUUGGUGGAGCUGCUAGAAAGCAACAGCUCGCCUUGAAAUUGCUGCAGCAGUGUAGAUGUCCUGAAGAGCGAAUCUUUAUCGUCCGCAUGCUGGCACAUCAAAACUUACGCAUCGGAAUGGGUGAAAAAUCUAUUCUCUCGGCACUUGCAUUAGCGAGCUUUCCGUCAAAUGUUGAUGAUUUAGCAUCACGAGGAAAAACGGAGUGGAUUGACUGUAUCACCGUUGCCUACGCUCAACAUCCAAACUAUCACAAGCUGGCGGAGUUGGUGCACGUGAGUCAGCAUGAAAAAGACAUUGUUCAGAGAAUGGCGUGGCUGUAUGAUGAAGCUCAUCCGACAUCAGGUGUACCAGUGCUGACGAUGUCUGCAUACCCAGAAUCCAGCGUUUCGUCGGUGCUUAAUCGUGUGAGGAAGACUUUAAGUCGCACUGCUACCUGCGAGUAUAAGUAUGAUGGCGCACGGUUGCAGGUGCAUUUAACUUUACCGAACAGCAGUGUCCAAUCAGGAUCGGUCGGUCGUAUUUUCAGUCGCAAUAUGGAAGACGUCACCGAGAGAUAUUCAUCGCUUCUGCACGUGCUUGAGAGGCGUUUGAAAGCUCGCGAUGCAGCGUUGCAAUCGCUUUCUCACGUGACAUCGUUUAUUGUAGAGGGGGAGGUUGUUGCAAUUGAUCGAACGACAGGUACAUUUCUCCCGUUUCAAAUGCUGCAGACAAAGACUACGACCGAGUUCUGUUUGUUUCUAUUCGACUUGCUGGCCAUCGACCAUACAAAUCUUCUUCAGAAACCGCUUCGUGAGCGACGAAGGUUGCUACAAAAUUUGGUCGAUGAAGAGUUGGGUCAUCUCGAAUUUGUGAAAUACGUCGACAUAGACAUGACACAUGAAGCUGUGCCUGUAGAUGGUAAUAAGAAUAAUGAAGCUUUAGCUAUGCGUGAUGUUCUUGAGCGAGCGGUGGCGAGCGGCUGUGAAGGAUUGAUGAUCAAAAUCCUGGAUGGCGAAGAAUCAGUGUAUAGAGCUGGCCGGCGAUCAUAUUCGUGGAUGAAGCUUAAACGGGAUUACUUAUCGAAUGAGACGCCCACGAGCACUCGAACAGAAAACAAAUCAGCUGCCGCGACUACUUCCGGCAACGGUACCUUUCUUGCUGACACACUAGAUCUGGUUCCAAUUGGGGUAUUUCACGGGAAAGGUCGACGUGCAGGAGUAUUUGGAUCUUUUCUAAUGGCGACGUACAACACGACUAGCGAAAAGUUCGAGACGAUUGGAAAAGUCGGCUCGGGCUUUUCAGAUGCUCAACUGUCUGAAAUAAGUAUACGGUUUCGAAAGCGAAUUUUACCAAAAUUGGAUCGUGUACCAGAACAGUAUCAAUCCUUAGCUGUUCGAAGUCAACAUCCUGAUUUCUGGCUGUCACCGGAAGAAGUGUGGGAGAUUAAAGCCACUCAAUUGACAGAAUCUUCUUCUUAUACUUGCGGCGCUAAUGUUUCAAGUGAGAAGACUGUUGAUCCAACACCAUUUCUUCCUCAAAAGGGGCUAGCACUACGCUUUCCACGCUUUGUUCGAUAUCGGUCUGACAAAAAUCCUUUGCAAGCAACAAGCAGUGAACAGGCUCGCAAGCUUUUUGAACAGCAGCAGUGA